AAUUGACAAAAAUGUAUGAGCAACUCUUAUUGGGUCUUAAUGGGCUGAAUUAUUAUGUCGGCCCAUACGUUUAGUCUUCGUCGUCGUUUCCAUCUGCGAAACUCUCUCUCUCUCUCACUCAAGUUUCCUCCUCCAUUUACGAUUUUCUUAACGAAAUCUUUCACCGAUCGCUACACUUAUAGCGACCCAGAUGCUAAAUCACUUGAUUUCUCGUCUGUUGCCUCCUUCAUUACUAUCUCAUCCCUCAAAAAUCUCAGCUUUACGGUUUUCCACAACUGUCUCAGCCGCCGAUAGAUUAUACGGCCAUCUUCAAGGAGGCACAAGCAAUCCCGAGAAGGAUUUAGCCUCAGCUAAUGUAAAUUUGGACUCCUCUUCUAUCAACGAGGUAAUAAGAAGAUGCGAUCCAAAUCAAUUUCAAUUGGGUCUUAGGUUUUUCAUAUGGGCAGGAACUCAAUCCAGCCAUAGACACAGUCCUUACAUGUAUACCAAAGCUUGCGACUUUCUUAAGAUUAGAGCAAACCCAGAUUUGAUCAAAGACGUUGUUGAAGCUUAUAAGAAAGAAGAAUGCUUUGUUAGUGUUAAGACGAUGUGGAUUGUUUUGACUCUGUGUAAUCAAGCGAAACUCGCUGAUGAGGCAUUGUGGGUAUUAAGGAAGUUUCCUGAAUUCGAUUUAUGCGCAGACACUGUUGCGUAUAAUUUGGUGAUUAGGUUGUUUGCUGAUAAAGGAGAUUUGAGUAUGGCUGAUAUGUUGAUGAAAGAGAUGGAUUGUGUUGAUCUUUAUCCAGAUGUGAUUACUUAUACGGCGAUGAUUAAUGGGUAUUGCAAUGCGGGUAAGAUUGAUGAAGCUUGGAAGUUAGCUAAGGAGAUGAGUAAGCAUGAUUGUGUGCUUAACACUGUGACGUAUUCGAGGAUUCUAGAAGGAGUUUGCAAGUCUGGUGAUAUGGAGACAGCGUUAGAGUUGUUGGCGGAAAUGGAGAAAGAAGACGGUGGUGGAUUGAUUAGUCCGAAUGCGGUUACUUAUACUUUGGUAAUUCAAUCGUUUUGUGAGAAGAAGCGGAUUAGAGAGGCGUUGUUGGUAUUGGAUAGAAUGGGGGAUCGAGGGUGCACGCCGAAUCGUGUUACUGCUAGUGUUUUGAUUCAGGGGGUUUUGGAGAAUGAUGAGGAUGUUAAGGAUCUUUCUAAGUUGAUUGAUAAGUUGGUGAAACUCGGUGGUGUUUCUCUUUCUGAAUGUUUUAGUUCGGCUACUGUGUCGCUAAUCCGUAUGAAAAGAUGGGAAGAGGCGGAAAAGAUUUUCCGUCUGAUGUUGGUUCGUGGGAUUAGACCUGAUGGUCUUGCGUGCACUCAUGUUUUUAGGGAGUUAUGUUUGUCGGAAAGGUAUCUCGAUUGUUUCGUUCUGUAUCAAGAAAUCGAGAAGGAGGAUGUGAAAUCAACGAUGGACUCGGAUAUAUAUGCGGUUCUUUUGCUUGGUCUCUGCCAACAGGGGAAUUCUUGGGAAGCUGCGAAGCUUGCGAAAUCAAUGCUUGAUAAGAAAAUGAGAUUGAAAGUUUCUCAUGUUGAGAAAAUCAUUGAAGCCUUGAAGAAAACUGGUGAUGAAGAUCUCAUGAGUCGUUUCUCUACUGAUUAAUUCAAUUAUUCAGAUAGGAUGCAAGGGCUCCUUGGUCUUGCGGUUGAGUCUUGGUGCGGCAGACACUUGGUCCUCGAGAAGAGGUACGACGUAGUUGACGAGAUCUUCAUCCGCAAUUAUUAAGUGGGCACUGGGUACAAUCACAAACUGCACUUUUCCAGCACGAGCCAAUGCUUUCAGACCUAUCCAAUCCUCUAUAUAGAGCUUUGUCUGGGACACAGGGAGAACAUGUGUUAAGUCACCAUCUGGAUAAAACCCGAACCAAGAUGACUCUUUUGGGACAAUAACCGUAUCGUUCUGAAACUGUAUAAGACAAAAACAGAAUCAUCAAGAGAGGAAUCAAAAGAUAAUAGAAAAGUAUAAUGGUUAAGAGAAGAGAAGCGAACCAGGACAAAAACCAGCUUCUGUAAACUGGUGAAACGGUCUUUGUAAGUUUGGUUUCUUUGGUCCGGUCUCUCAUUGUUAAGCUUAGGUAGAUACUUACAACCUUUCAGGUACUCUGUCACAUUCUGAGAAACAGAAAAAAUAAUGUUUUUGUUUUGAUCAUUGUUUACUAAUUUGUUGAUUUU